AUGGAUACAAGGACCCAAGAAACUCCAGGUACCAGUCGAGUGAUCGGCUAUAACCCAGACGAGGUGGCGCAUGAAUUUAUCAACCCGGCGCAGCGGCCACUCCGGGAUGAUGGAAUCAAGGAUGCCACCUUGGGGGACCAGGAGGACAGAGGACCCGGCAACGGCUGGGUGCAAGUACUGAUGCAGAAGAAAAAGAGCAAGAGGGAGACACAAGGCCUCGAGAAACAGUUUCGAGAUGAAGCCGGGGGAACAACGGCGGAGAAUUUCAACUCGAGGAAAACUCUGAGCUUGCCCAGUCUCAGAGUUUACAAGCACAAGGUCAUUAUCAAACCUCAUCGGGUAGCGGUGGACCUGAAGCGGUACAGGAGCCUGAUCGGGGAAGCGGUCCAGAGCUCCCUGCCGAGAGGAUUGGACGAGAAGACGGUCGUAAGGCUGCUGGAAGCACAGAAUACAAUCAUGGUUUGUACGGACGAAUGGAGCGAAGCGGAAGCCGUCGCAGGUAUCAAGAAACUGAAUUUUCCUGUCGGCGUGCUAGAUGUCGAAGCGUAUCAUGUCUCCCCGAGCGAAGAUGCGUGCCGCGGCGUCAUACACGGUGUCCGGCCUGACCUGACUAACGAACAGAUUCGACAGAAAACCAGAGCUGUGGGAUACGAAGUUCUAGAAGCAAGGAGGCUAGGGAAGUCACAGUCUGCGGUAAUCGUAUUUGCGGGGAAGAAGGUACCGUUCACGGUGAGCUUCAAUUGGCUUGAGACUCCCUGCUUUAUCUAUAAGAAGACUAGGGCGGCUUGUCUGAACUGUGGUGAAAUGGGCCAUCGGACCGACGUAUGCAGCAAGCCGGAGGGAUUUGCGUGCUCGGCGUGCAGGGCCACUGAGGUCGGCAAUCGCAAGAAGUGGCCGGAACUCCCAAGGGUCGGGGAUCAGGAGUCGAGGAGCACGUCCCAGCCCAAAGGUGGAGGGGCGAGCAGCAACGGAGUGAUACAAGACCUGCGGAGGGACGUGACCCACUGCAAAAAGACCAUAGAGGAACUUUGGAACAAAAGAGAAAGAACCGGGGGAGUCUCGGCAGAGCAAGUACAAGCGAUCGUGGAGACGACCGUUCAGCGGGCGAUCCAGGGACUUCAAGAAUUCUUCACCAGCCAACUGAUGCAGCUGACAUGCAGGGUCACCGAGCUGGAGAAAUUAGGAAAGACUCUUGAGCAAAACCAAGAGAGCCUCUUCAGGCAAAUCAUGCGCAAGUCAGCGAAGCCAGGUUUGAAAGUGUGGCAGUGGAACUGCAGGGGGAUGGGUCGGAAACAGGCGAGCCUUAGCCUGAGGGUGUCGCUUGAACCCAAUCCCCCGGCGGUGAUACUGCUGCAGGAGCCGGGCAAGAAACCAGUGAAGAUCAAAGACUAAAUUGAGGGCGACCAAUACGUCGCGACACUUGUGCACAAGACCUACGCAGCCACGAGACUAGACUUGGAUGGCUGUGAGGUGUCGUGCUGUCACAUUGUGAUCAUCCCAGUGAAAAAAGGGGAUCGGGGUGCACAUGUGGUGAACGUGUAUGGAAAUCCAAAGAACCAUAAGACGGACUACAGGCGGCUCAUUGCGAAGGUGGUCAAGGAGGCGGGGAAGGACCCUGUGGUUAUUGCGGGAGACUUCAACGCCCCUCACCCGGGAUGGGGUUGCAAGUACGUUUCUCCGAAAGGCAGAAGGCUGGCGGAAAGCAUCAACCAGGAACGCCUAACAUUGCUUACCGAGGUUGAUCAGCCAACCAGGACGGGCACGAGCUCAUGCAGAGACACCUGUCCGGACCUGACGCUUGUCAAGAACGUGGCGAACGCUGAAUGGACUAACCUCAUGGAGCAACUCGGUAGCGAUCAUUGUAUCCUCGAAACGACUAUUCACGAGUCCGGAUACACAAGAAAGACGGGAAAGGCAAGAAUAACGGAUUGGGACCGAUGGCGAAAACAGAGAGGGAAAGGUGCAGCUAGCAUCGAGAACAUCGAGGAUUGGUCUUCGGAGGUGAUCGCCAGUGUCAAGCCGUUCGUGGCUGAAGUUGAACUUUCAGAGAAGACCCCAGCAGUGGACACGCGUCUGCUUCAUCUUUGGGAAGCACGACGCGGGCUGACCAGGAGAUGGUCAGCCCGGUCGUCAGGAAAGCUGAGGAAGAGGAUUCAAGCACUCACAAAGCUGGCCGAGGACUAUGCGGUGGACUUGGCUAGGAAGAACUGGUAUGGCCUGUGUGACUCUAUACGGGGAAGCCUAGGCACGGCUCAAGCAUGGAGGAUGCUUAGGGCCUUAAUCGAUCCGAGUAGGGCAAAGGCGGUGACGGGCGGCCGUUUAGCGGAACUGAUACAUAAGUUACCCGGGGACCGCAAGCAGAUCAUGGAUCGGCUGGCGGAAAGGUAUUUGUGUUUGGAAUCCACAGGAGAAAUCGUGGAGUAUGAAGGGCAGGAAAACCCUGAAUUAGACAGGCCAAUUACUGUCGCGGAGUUGGAGUAUGAGCUCGGGGUUAUGAGGAAGGGCGCAGCACCCGGACCGGACUCCCUCACAGCGAAACUCCUCUACAACUUAGGGGAAGGGGACCUGAAAGAGCUGGUACGCCAUUUCAACGAACAUUUCUGGGAGCGCGGGCUUACUCCAGAUAGUUGGAAGGUUGCUGACAUUCGCUUCAUUCCAAAACCCAAAAAGGAGCUCAAGCUAGAAAAUCUGCGGCCGAUUUCGCUUACAUCUUGCCUGGGCAGGGCGUUCGAACGAGUCAUAAACUCCAGGGUUAUGAAGUAUCUAGACAAGGAACAACUCCUUCCGAACACGCAGUUCGGGUUCAGACCUCACACAUCGACGCAGGACAUACUCUUGUGGAUAUAUAAGGAUAUACUGGAGAAUCCGAGGAGCGGCCAAACGAGAUGCCUUCUAGCUUUAGACUUGAAAGGCGCGUUUGAUAAUGUUUCGCACGAAAGCAUAUUUAGGGGUCUCAGCACAGUUAACUGCGGGAGAAGAACCUUCGAAUAUGUCCGCAGUUUCUUGACGGACAGGACAGCCACGUUGACAUUGGGAAGUAUGCAAUCUGGGACAUACAGACUGGGUUCCAGGGGUACGCCGCAAGGGGCAGUACUUUCCCCGUUGCUGUUCAACCUUGCGCUGCGGGGUCUACCAGAAGCGCUGAGGGCGGUUCCGAACGUGGAGCAUGCCAUCUACGCGGAUGACAUCACCCUGUGGUGCAGGGAGGGCAGUGACGCGGAAAUAGAAGAGAAGCUUCAGGCGGCGGCGGAUAUCGUCGGAGAGUACGUUAUGAGAUGCGGGCUUAAGUGCGCCCCGGAGAAAUCUGAGCAUCUUGUCUUCCGAAACCCUCGCGAUAAGCUAGUCGAUCACAUUGACGUGGUGAUAGAUGGGGUCCGGGUCCCAAAACCAGCGGAGGUUCGGAUUCUGGGCCAGCUUCUACAACAGGGGAGGGGGAACAAGUCGACAAUCGACAGACUGGACGCCAUGACCACGCAGGUGUGCGGUAUGAUGAGGCGAAAUAGGAACCGUAGACACGGUAUAAAGGAGAAAGAGGCAAUACAGUUGGUCCAGGCCUUCAUUAUUGCCAGACUGACGUACGGCACUCCGUACCUGAACUUGAACAAGGCGGAGAUGCAAAAGCUAAACGUACUGAUAAGGCGAGCGUACAAAAACGCGCUGGGGCUACCGGAGCGUACGGCGACCGAGAAACUGCUUAAACUUGGGGUGCAUAACACCAUAGAAGAACUUCAUGAAGCUCAACUAGUGUCACAGCUGAAGCGACUCUCUUCCACAGUGAAUGGAGCGUGGCUUCUGGACAAACUGCGAAUGGCAGUACCCGGCGGUUCUCACGGGCCCGGAGACGCGGGGGAAGAGCUGCCGGCUGAGACCCGGCAGAGAUUCCCGAUCAGUAGAAUCCCCCGCAACAUGCACCCGGAUAGGAAUGCGGAACGGAGACAAGCACGAGCGGUGGCCCUAGCGCGUUCCUGGGACAGCAGAGAGGGAACCCUGUACGUGGAUGGGGCCGGUCCGGUGCUGGGGGUGGCUGCAAUAGCGGUGGCCAGUGCGCAAGGGCAGAUCAGACGCGUCGCCUCCAUACGAGCGCAGACGGUUGAACAAGUGGAGGAGGCGGCCAUAGCAUUGACGGUGGUUUGCAAUCCUCGUGCGACGAUAAUUUCGGAUUCACAAAGAGCUUGUCAAAACUUUGCGCGAGGGGUCGUGGGUCAACCAGCUUUAAGGCUCCUCCGCAAAACCGCAGUAGAGGGAGUACAUCUGAUCUGGACCCCCGGCCAUAUGGGGCAAGUCGGAAACGAGGCGGCGAAUGCUGCGGCCCGAGGUGCGUUAUACCGGGACUCGGUUCUGCCCCAGAGGGAUCUAAACAGUGCGCUCACUUACAGUGAGGCCUUAAAGGCUCUACGAACACAUAGGGCAGAAUAUCCUGGGCCGGCCAAAGGUCUCAGCAAAGAAGAAGAGUUCACGUGGAGACGACUUCAGACGGACACGUUCGUCACACCGAUCCAGCUACAUCUGUGGUACCCAGAGCGGUACGCCACGGCGGACUGUCCCUUCUGUGGUGAGCCCUGGGUGGACGUUUAUCACGUUGUCUGGGCAUGCAAGAACCUCCCAGGACUGGCUCCAGUCGAGGAGCCCAAACUCGAGGAGUGGGAAGCGGGACUCAAGUACGCGACGGCUAGCGAGCAGAGGCUGCUCGUGGCCCGAGCACUCCGAGUUCACUCCGCACUUGGAGCCCCGGAAUAGGGGCACACAACCACUCUCUCCUUUUUCUUCCCCUUUCUCCCCUUCCCUUUCCUAAAUCUUUCAACUCAAUAAAGUUUUUC